CUUCUAGCCGUCUUCAUUUACGUCAAUCUCCUCAACUACAUGGACCGGGGCAUCGUCAAUGGACGAGGAGGAGGAGGGAGCAACGGGACGUGCAACUUCAAUGCGUCGGUCGUUCCGCGUCGAGGGAUAGCAGGGAGUUUUCAUAUCAACGAGACGGCGCAAGGUGUGUUGGCAGGCUCCUUCAUGGGUGGGUACUGCAUCUUCAGCCCGAUCUUCGCCCAUCUUUCCACCAUCCAUGCUCCCUUCCGGCUCAUGGGGUUGGGCCUGACUGCAUGGUGUGUCGCCUGCGCACUGGGCACGAUGGCGCCAACGUACAACGCGCUCCUCACAGCGAGGAUACUGAGUGGCAUAGGAGAAGCCAGCUUCCAGUGCAUAGCUCCUUGCUUCAUCGAUGACAUGGCAACGGCUUCUCAAAAGGGUAAAUGGCUCGCUGCCUUCUUCAUGGCGGUCCCGAUCGGGCAGGCGCUGGGCUACACCUACGGGGGGUACAUGUGCUCUCAGAUGGACCCCGAGAAGAUUGGGUUCGCCGGAUGGCGGAUGGCCUUUGCGCUGGAGGGUCUGGCGAUGGUGCCAGUGGCAGUCGCCUUUCUCUCCAGACAGGACUCGGAAUCGUACUUGUCCUCUCCUGCUCAGGCGGUUAGGGACGAGUACACGAUCGUGAAGUCCCUCAAGACAAUCGUUGGCAACCCGAUCUGGGUGUGUACGGUGAUGGGAUAUGGCGCCUUUACUUUCUCAGUCGGAGCCAUGGCUGUGUGGGGCCCGACGUACCUUCAGAUGCAGCUGGAUGAUGCGGACCUGGCUUUCGGCUCCGUUGCUGUCUUCACCGGCCUGUUUGGAACGAUCUCUGGAGGCUUCAUCCUGGAUCUUGUCACGAGGGUCCUGGGAAGGGACGCGAUGUCCAAUUCCCUGCUCGUCUCCGCCACCCUCGUCACGCUUGCCUGGCCCUGCUGCUUCCUCGCUUUCUCAGCAACCGAGUACCGCAAGUUCAUCUUCUUCAUGAUCGUCGGCCAGUUCCUGGCGUUCGCCACCACCUCCCCCGUCAACGGCGUCCUGCUAUGGUGCGUCCCAGCAGAAGUCCGAACCCUCAGCAUGGCGCUCUCAGUCGUCGGGAUCCACGUCCUCGGGGAUGUUCCCAGCCCUGUUGUCGUCGGUGCCAUG